CUUAAAUCCUUCCAACAUCUUCACUCUCAAGGAGUGAAUACCAAUUAUGAGACUUGAUUCAUAGUAGGUCUGGGUGAUAUAUCGGUAUAAACGAAUAUAUCGAUAUAUUUUUUAAUGGGAUAUGGAAUUAGACAAUUUGGCAUACAUCGAUAGAUUUCAAUUUGCGCUCUGCAAGCAAGCUGCCGACCCGGAGCUCUCUGCCCUGCUUCUCGCCCUCGCCCCGCCCAUCCUCUUUCCCGCGCAGAGGGGGGAGGGGCAGGGAGACACACUUCAACAAACAUGGAGGAAGCAACAACGUCGGCAUUUGGUGGCUAUAACUACCGACAACGAAAGCAACAUCGUCAAAGCGGUUGAGCUGAACAAGUGGCUGAGGAUGCAGUGCUUCGGUCACAGACUACACUUGACUAUUGGACAUGGCAUGAAUGACAAGCGCGUCACCCGGGCCAUUUCUCUGUGCAAGAGGAUUGUCAGCAUUUUUUCAUACAGCUGGAAAAAAAGGAGACAUCUUGCUGGAAUCCAGAUUCAGAUGGGUCUGCCAAGCCACCAACUCAUAACCGAGUCUGCCACACGCUGGGAAUCAAGGCAGCAGAUGAUAGAGAGAGUCCUGGAGCAGGAAAGAGCACUGUCCAAAGUCCUAUCUGAGGACAAAAAGACCAGGUACCUUGUCCCUACCCGGCAGGAUUUAGAGGUCCUAGAAGCAGUCCAAAAGGUCCUGAAACCGCUCCAGGACUUUACCGAUGCUUCGUCAGCUGAGAAGUACGUCACUCUAUCAUAUGUGAAACCUGUGUUGCACCUUUUUAACGAAAGUCUCCUGGCAUGUGAAGAAGGUGAUAGCGACCUCUGUAAAUCAAUCAAGACCAACAUUGCUGAGUACCUCAACAGGAAGUUUUCUGACCCAGACACCACUGACCUAUUGGAUAUGGCUUCAUUUGUCGAUCCACGGUUCAGGGCCACCUACAUCCCAAGGGAAAAAGUUGAUGCAUUGAAGCACGGAGCUGUCUUGGAGGUGGAUACGCUACUGGCUGAUCAGAGCAGCUGUCAACCGCAUUACCAGCGUGUGCCCACUGUGCCUGAGCCAGCAGAUGGAGAUGCAGCAGUAGCACCAAAAGCUAAGACACUGGCAAGCUUCUUCAAGCAGCUCACACCCACCACCACAGCAGCACCAAACAAGAGGGGGGCUAUUGAAAAUGAACUGUCAAGUUACUUGCAGUCAGCAAGUGUGGAGAGUGACACUGAUCCCCUCAAGUGGUGGAAGGAUCAUGAAGUUGUCUUUCCAGGUCUGAGCCGCCUGGCAAAAAAAUAUCUCUUGGUUCCAGCUACCAGUUCACCCUCUGAAAGGGUUUUCAGCUGCAGUGGCAAUAUCGUGACCUGCCACAGAGCAUCUCUGAAGCCGGAUACCGUUGACAGGCUGGUGUUUCUCGCACAAAAUCUUUGAACAAAGGAGGACACUCUUGUUAGUCUUCUAAUGUCUACCUCAAGACAGCAUUACUGUUCAUCAAAGUAAGAAAAUAGGGGGGAAAUGUUUGAGUUCUUAAACUAAGCACUUUAUUUUGUUCUUGCUGCCCCUACUAUUGUUUUUCUUAUAUUAUUUUGUAAUGUUCAUUGUUUACAUCUGUGGAUUUGUUAUAGUUGUCAAAUGUUCAUAUUUGACUUUUCUCAAAUAUAUAAAUAGGCACUAUUUCUGAAAGAUUGUCCAAUUUUAUAGCAUUUUCUUUAAGAUAUUUUUUUAUUUAUAUGUGCACCUUAUGGAGCUUUGUUUACAAAAAGAACACUCCUGUUAUACACUUUAUGUUUACAUAUUAUUAUUUGGACGG